AUGACCAUGGUCCAGGGUGCCGAGGCAUCAAUCAUUCGGAUCGCGGGGGCGGGGUUUCGACUCUCCUUACUCCUUAACGCGGCAGCAUGUCAACUGGCACAGUCAAGAAUCGAGAUCCACAGCAUCGCAAAAGGCAUAUCACUUUUUGCUCUGACGCUGAAAGAUGUGGCACAGAAACUGGACGCGGCAAACCUUGAACUAUCUCCCGAAGUGACAGGCAAGGCCUGGGAGAUUGCAUACCAAGGCCAGGUAAUGUUCGUCGAAAUCGAACGCAUGUUGGAGAAACUACAAGGCACCGAUGCCGAUGAUGAACUGAGAAGACUACCGAUGCAAGAACGGCUGAAAUGGUGUUUUAGAAAACAACAUGUCACAUAUCUAUUGGCGUCCCUCGAAUCUCUGAAGCUCAGUCUGAUAGUCAUCACACGAAUCCUGCAACUGGCAAACGCUAUUCAAUCAAAUCCUGAGCUGGCAGGCUUAGACGCUGUCAUGGCAGUCGACAUGAUCGCUCAAGAAAAGGCAGAAACUCAGAACAUGAUCAUUGUUCGAUAUUGGUCCACAAAACGCUUGGAUCGCUUGUGGGAUUUGGUGGAACAGGAGGCUAUGGAUGCCGCUAACGAUCCGACGAGCCAAAGGAUCAAUUUUAAUUACUCGUCCAACACAACACCAGCAAAGCUGCCAAUCGCGGCGACGACAAACUGUGGCAUUACCAAGCUUCCGGUGAUAACUUUUGGAGAUAUCGAUAUUGGAUUGAGUGAUGUUGAGCGCUCUCCAAAGGAAAUGGUGCAUCUCUCGGAGAGGGCGAUGAAUCAGCUUUUAUUGCUCUGGGCUCCACCGAUGAGUUUGGAACUGCAAGAUGCCAGCAUAAUAUCUCGCGGUGUUGAGCCUAGUCGGCCUCAAGUGUAUGUCUCCUCUGAUAGCGAGGAAGAUAUCGAAAAUCAAUAUUCUGAAGGCCCUGGCGUUCGUGGGUAUUACUUGGAAGGAAAUACCACAGACUGGCGAAAGCCUCAGUCACAGCAAGCCCGAUACGAGGCUGCUCGUUUGCGCCACCAGUACUCCGACUAUCAGGCUCAUGUGGAAAGCGAAGCCGAGACCCAAGAAGGUCUACAUCGGCAGGACUCCACUAGAAAGUCGCGGUCAGCGCCGCCAAGCGAAGAAGGCGAGCAGAUACCUCUGCCACGCUCGUCACCAGGGUCUGGCAACAUGAACAUCGGACGCAGUCAUUCUAACGGUUUUUCAUCUGGAUAUGUACCCCGCCCAUAUCAUAAUCCAGAUCCCAAGCAUGUGGCCUUUACAAGUGGAAGCUUUCCACCGCCGGAUCAAACUACUCCUCGUUCUCGGGCAUCGUCGUACCUUCAACUAGCUCCACCACACAUCCCAGGAAACUCUCCACAAAUACAACGAAGCCCGUCUAACCAAGAAUAUUAUGGGAGCGCCCCAAGAUCUAUUCCGGUAAAUCCGAGCCGCACAAACCCACCUACUUCUAUGCCUGGUCAUUCACCCCGAGGUACUCCUCCAAGCCCGUCCGAGCCCCCGUGGCCGAGGUCACAGGGAUACAAUAACGGUAUAUCCAAGCCUCGGCAUCCCUACCCACUUUCAUCAUCCUCCCCUGAGGCUGGCUUCCAAGCGCCUCCUCGUUCAAACCAGCGGUCUCCGAAUCACUCCCGUCGAUCCUCUCGGGAGGAGACUAAGGACCGCAACAAGGAUCUGAAGCGCAGCGCGACUAAGGGAUUGGUAGGAAUCGGUGCCAUUGCCGGGUUUAUGGAUGCAUUGGAAGCGUUCCAGAUUCUUUAA